AUGGCCGAAGAAAUCAGAAACACUACUAGCAACGAAAGCUAUGCGGAGAAGAAUUUCACCCUGAGUCAUUCCUCGGAUUGCAUCCCGUGGCUUGUUGCUUCCAUCACUGAAUGUCUGGCCAUUGUCAUCCUCAAUCUCCUCACCAUUAUUGUAUUUGUGAAGCAGCGCCAGCUACAGCGGCAGAGUACAUACUUGAUAAUCCACCUGGCCACAGCCGAUCUUUUGGCUGGAGCAGUUUCGGGUCCUGUGGCUGUUCAUGAUCUUUUGGGGCACUAUUGCGAUUUAUGGAGGCAAACUCAGACGAUUUCCCCAUUGGCUAAUUUGUUUCCCAUAGCCUCACUCGUAAAUCUCGCUGCUAUUUCUUUAGAAAGAAUGCAUGCCACAUUAUUUCCAUUUGAGCAUCGUGUAAUUAAGAAAAAGGUUUACACAAUGGCAAUUGCCGCUAUUUGGUUUCUAACUUCAUUGAGGGAGACUGUUCAAAUCGUGUUAUUCAAAACACAAGGAAAUUCUCAUCUUGCGGUAUUAUUCUCAACAGUUCCACUAAUUUUUAUUUGUGUCUCUUAUGUUGCUAUUUUCAUAAAAGUUCGAUUCAGUUCUAAUCCUCGACAUCAUGGUGCAACCAAUAGAGAAAGAAAAUUGACCGCCACCUUACUUAUUGUCACGCUUGCAUCUUUGAUGACAUGGCUUCCAUUUACAACUUUCAGAAUAAUUACAUAUUGGCAUAAAGAUGUUCUCUCAAGCUGGUACCCUCAACGUUCCUACUUCCACGUAACAAUGACGCUAGCGGCUUUAGUUGGCGUUAAUUCCCUGUCAAAUCCUAUUGUGUAUGCAAUAAGACUGCCAGAAUUUAGGGCAGGUAUUUGUGAAAUGUUUCGCAGAGCCCCAAGCACUACAUCUCAAGCUGAAUUGCCUCUGACAAAUCUACAGAGCAAGCAUCUUAUUACUGAACGUCAAUCAACGUAA